AUGGCACAAGUAUGUGCGGUUGGUGGUGCGAGUGCGGGCCAUGAGGGCUCACUACCAUCUUCGGAGCCGCAUCAGUCCCUGGAUGAUUCGCUGUCAGGAUGGCAGAACGAACGGCUGGAAUCCAAAGUGCUGUGGUGUUUUCUGCGCUCGGGCUGGGCGGAUUCUGGUGAGGUGAAAGAUCAUUUUGUUCAACUUAGAAUUUUUCGCUGUGGGCGUUCCAGCAAUGACCAUGCAGUGCUAUUUGACGGAACGUUUGAACCACCUGUGGCUUGCAAAGUGCUACAGCAAGGGCGUAGGCAGAUGAUCAAGCUGCCGCUGGUGGAUCAAAGGCAUUUUCGAUCAAACAAGGAAACCAUUUUCUUGCAGCCUCUCAGUGGCGGCAAGCGAGUCUCUUUCCAAGAUUUGGAAGGGACGCACAAGGAGGCAUCAAACCGCAUAGUCCUGGUCCCGGGUAGCAUGGAUCCAAGGCAACAACCCAAUCCCUCGGAAAUAGACAGCUUGUUUGCUGCAAUUCUUUCCAACAUGGACGCGGGGCAGUGGGACAGUGCCAGGGAUGGUGUUUUACAUUUGCAGAGAUACCUCAAACUCACCAGCGGGAGAGAAAGUAGAGAACGAGGGGGUUGGAAGUAUGCAUCAGACUUUGUCUUGGAUACAGUCUUAUUUGGCGAUGUUGUUCGCAGCCUGCAAUCUGACACCGACGUGAUGUCCAAAGCUCAUUUGUAUAGGGAUGACAUUCAGUGGGCCCUUCAUUUGAGGGCAGAUUCAUCGCCACAGUUUUCCAGAGAUUAUUUGGUGACAGAAGUGGACUAUGUUUCUUUGGAAAAUGUUUACUCGUUGACUCCCGCAAGUGUGUUGCAAUCUCUGAGUUGGAAAACACGGGUGUUGCCCGUGCAAGUUCUGGGGCGGAAAGCAACCAGCACGGCAUUCAAGUUUCGAGCGCUUCUGCGUAGCAUCCAUCUUGAAACCGGAAAUGUUGAUCUGGCGAAAUUUCGAACAUGCAGCUUUCUAAACGACAUGGGGGUGGAAUCGAAAUUGGCAUUGCUACCGGAUAUUGAUUCUGAUCCAAACCGUCGUGCUUUUCCCCGUACUUUGCCUUUGCAUGAUGUGGAUCAUGCACUACACCAUGUGAUGGAAGAAUUACGGGAAUGUUGGAAAACUGAAAUGUUUGCUUUGUUUGACAAACAAUUGAACACGUUGGCCAAAUAUUUUUCAAAAGCUGACAGUUGCGAGAGAUUCCGAAAGCAUUUUGUUUACGACAACCCGAAAGUAGAAGGGGAUGCCCGCAAAAAAAGCAUUGGCAAAAUGUUUGAAACCUGCUGCCCAAGCUUUGUGAAGCAUCGGUGGCAAUAUCGGUAUGAAGUUUUGACUUGGGUCAUUCACCGGGCCGGUUUUUUGACAUGGCUCGAUCCUACCUCACUCAGUGGCCGUGGCCCAGAGGAUUCUGGAGAUCCUGAGUACAGUUUUUCCGAUGCUGAAAUCAAAUGCCUUGAGCUUCUGUUCAAUGACAAGGUCGACAAAGAGAGGUUGAAAAAGGAGACAGGGUCAUCGACUUGCAAGUGGAACGGCAGAAGGUUGAUUGAAUUUGCAUCAACUGGCCCCAUGCCUUUCCUGCAGGCGCUGAGGCAAACUUCUAUGGAACAAAACCCAGCAGCAUUAGCUGCCAUCCGUGCUUUGCGUGAUCUUGGGGGGGAUGCUGGUGGUGUUCUCGAAGGCUUUGCUACAGCAAAGCGGAUGCUUGAAGGACGUUUCAAACAAUAUACCUCCUUCCUGUCCCAGAGCCCGUGGAACCUAGUUGCAUUGUUGGGGUAUCUGUUACCUUCUCAAGAUGCAAGCGCAGAGAUCCACAAAAGCAGAACUUUGGCCCUGAAACUAUUAAAGGAUCAUGAUGCUGGUCGGCUGGGAAAUACGGGUGAUGUUGGGCAAGAGUUUUUCAAAGCCCGGGGGAAAUACCGCAUUGGAUUGGAGAGAUGGGGACGUGGCAUCGACCCUUACAUGAACCAACAACUCUUUCGGGAACUUGUUGCUUACUCCUCAAGCCUGUUGGUGAUGCAAAGGCUAGAAGCGAAGCAUCAUCUGAUACACGUUGCUAUACUUUUUAGUAAGUGUGGUUUUGUUUGUUUGCUGGGUUUCCAACAAUUUUGUGCUCACUUGAUAGAUAGAGGUUUAAAAAGCACUAGGGCACGCAGUAAAAGUUAG